GAAGAAGAAGUAAACUGCUAUCGAUUUCGAAGCAUGCUUCGGAGUUUCAGUAUCAAACGUAACAUCACUAGGGUUCAGCAGAAACAUUGGAUACCAGAUUCCCCCAAAAAUCGUGGACAGUUUAACCACACAGUUCAUGUCUCCUAGAAUGCUUUUAGACGGAGUCGACAAUCCGAGGGAGCCGUAUCUGUUCACUACAAACAGGUAGUCAGCUGUGCCAUCUAGCUGGCGGGAAGGGUUAGACGUAAAGCUAGGUAGCGAAGUUUGUUUAGAUAACACUAAGCUAACGUUAGUUCCGUAAAGGAAACAUUGUCAUUCGUUUCCGAAUGUUUGUGUAUAUUUGUUCCAUUGUCACCAGCUAACUUGGAUUUUACGGAUGUUGUGCAAACGAUGCUAGCUAACUUCCGUAGUUGCCUGGGUGGGUGGUAACUAGCUGAGGAAGAUUAUAUUUGGUGAUAACGUUAGUUAGCUUAUGUUAUGUCGAUUGUCGUUUAGCUAACCAGCGACAUGUACAACUACAACACUAACUUAUUUAGCUAGUAACUUGCUACAUUGAAUCCAUUUUCAGUGGUCUGUAGUGUUAACGUUACUUAUAACGUUAUGUCUAACUAACGUUAGCUAGCAAGAUAUUGAUUAUUUUGUUGGUGAUCAACGUUACUGGUGUGAUUAGGCUAAAUAACUGCUCCCUAAAGUCAUGAAGUGGUAACUAAAUUAUCAUGCAAACAAAAUAAUGAGCAAUUGUUUGAGGGAUUCAAUCUAGAAAUUUCAUAAGUGAUCUUAUCCAAGUAGGCUAGCUUUUUUUGUUGCAAUUCUGUCAAACAAUGUCAAUGGAAGUAUAUGUAAAGCCUGAGGAGGAGGAGAGGGAGGUCUCUCCUAUCAUUGCCAUAGGUUCAGUUGUCUCUUUAAGAACUGUUAGCAUUCCUCAUGCAACAACACAGGGACAGUUCGUUUCUGUGUUUGAAAAGACUGGAGUGAGUAAUGGACAGGCACAAGAUCAAUUAACAAACGAGCUCAGUAGCACAGGAACACAAACGCCUUCUAAACAUUUCCAGCAGACAGCAGAGGCAAGUAAUUCUGCAGAGACAAUUGGUGAUCCACUGCAAAAUAAAAAAACUGGUACCAACAUUCUCACUCCGUAUUCCCAACCCUCUGUAUUGCAACCGCCAUCUACAGUCUUGAGUUAUAAUGCACUGGAAAACCAAGAAUGUUCUACUACAAGAGGAAAUCAGGAAGCGAAUGCUGAGUUGGAGGCUAGGGAAGGGACUAGCAUCGAGUCAAAUCAGUGCAAUUCAGUUUCUACCACAGAAGAUGACAACUCUUAUCCUCUCUGCAAGCAUAUAGGAUUUGACCUGGAUUUGAAAUCAAAGUCAACUGAAAAGAAAAAACUUGACCCGCAUGUGUUGACAAAUGGCAUAAUGUAUGAAGUUCACAAAUGUGCUAAAAAGGCAGGUGGAGUAUACAGAUAUGCGAUCCUAAGUAUCUUAGAGUCCAAUUUUGAUAUUUUUCUGGACAGUGAGCAACAGAAAAUAGGCUUCUCUAAGAGAGUAGUUCUAAAACUUAAAAGAGUGGUGGUCCAGUUAAGGUGUUUGGCCCGCUUGGCAGAGAAGCUUUCAUACCAGGAGCAAGUGUUUACAUUGCCUGUUACCAAUAACCCCAAAAAAGUGACCCCAGCUAGAGGUGUAGGCCAACUAUCUCCAGUGACGUCCAGUGAAACCGACAUAGACGUUGAGGGCAGCACUAUAUCUGUAGUGAAAGACAAAUACAACCUCAAAAAGGCGAUUGAUAGAAAGCGACUCGUCAUCAAGAUGCUGAGAGAAAAAUGUGACACUCUGAAAGAGCACAAAGCUCAUUUGAAAAAGGCAAAGAAAGAGAGAGGAGUGAAACUCCAGAGAGCUUAUAGAGACAACAAGUUCCUGUUCGGUAGAUACAAGAAGAUGAAGGAAAAACUAUCUAAGAUGUCUGUGUGCAACGAGGGACAGAGGGAGAAUGUGAGAACUGAAACAGACCCCAGGUUGGUGAAGUUAAAGGAGAAAGUGCGUUUUUAGAAACAAAUGUACACAGAAACUAAGGAUGAAUUGGACUCUUUCCGCACCGAACAGGUACCAACACUUAAAAAUGGCCUCUUCAAUGAUAAUAUAAAAUAAUUGUACCUGGAUUUAACUGCUAACAAGGGGAUCAACUGCAGCAAAGUAUCUGAGGUUGUAGAAGCAGUACUCAACAAAAUGCUUGGCAUGAAAACAGAGAGGCUUCCUUCUGCAUCGGUGGCAACCAACUUUGUCCUUGAAGCAGAUCAGGUGACUUCUGACACUGGUGCAGCUGAAUUUGUUCAUGAACAUGAAAAUGCUGAGGUCUGUAUGAUGGAUGGAUAUUGUUGUCAUUUGGAAAUAAGAGAGCAAAGCGCUGGUGUGGAAGUGGAUCAGUUUAACAUCGUUCGCAAAAUGGUCCAGGACAUUGUUGCGGCUGCAGUAAAUGUUAAAGACACGGGUGGUCAUCAGAGGGGCAUCUUUGCCAAAAUAACAAGUCUCUUUGAUGACUGUGUUGUCCUAGAAACAGGGUUUAAACAACUUAUUUCUGAAUAUAAAUCAGACAUCUUGCCAAAGAUGGUUAAGCGGUAUGACUUCUAUACUCAUUCUGAAAAGGCCAAACUAUCCUGUGUGAAUGAGGUCUUCUGUGGAUUGCAUUUGAUCGAUAGCUUAGCUCAUCAGGCAAAGGCAACUCUUCUAUUGUGGGAAAAGAUGAUUGUUGAAGAUGAGGAAGUUGGAGCCAAUAGGUUGUCAGACAGUAGUAAAAAUGCAUUGGAGUCUGGAACAGUGCGCUUGGUGAGGACUGUGACUGAUACGAUCCAAGCAAAGGAUGGCAAGUCUGAGAAAUUCAAAGCUUUUUUGACCAGAAAAGGCGAGUUUGAUGACGUGCCUCUGGCCCCAUUCAGAGGAAACCGAAUUGACACUCUGUUUCAUAAUGCUGCUGGAGCGUACAGCGUACACGAGGAGUUGGUUGAGUUUACUACUAGGGAGUACUUGGAUGACAACAGUUUUCUUGCAAGAUUUGCUGCUGAUUUUGAGGUCCAACAGUUCAAAGCCGGAUGCAGAGCUCUAGGUCUAAUUUCCAAGAUCAUAAUUGAUCCCCUCUUCAAAUCCAUGGGAGACACAUUGAAGAUGGAAACACGCUACCAAACUCUCAUUACCAAGCUCAAAGAAUGGAAAGAGGAUGGAAGACAGGUUGUUGAAGGAACAGCAUGCUUGUUUGACGACAGAGAUGCCCAUGGACCUUGUGUUGGAAAGACUUACUAUGUGGACAGAUUUAGAGUUUUUUGACUUGACCAUCCAGAUUGUAGAAGUGAUUCUGGCUAGUUUUCUGAAGGUAUGAUGUACAAUGAUGGCUGAUCAGCUACAGCAUAAAAGCAGUCAUUUGCCAGAUGGCCUCAGAGGGAAGUUGAAGGCUGUUCUGAAGUCAAAUGUGAGCUCAGAGACGGACUUAAGUGUCUUAGAUUAUUUGAUGAUGGCAAAGUCAAAGGCAACAAGCAUAGCACUUGAGGGAAUGUUAAUGUUCAAGAAGAACCGCACAUGGGAAUGGCUUUCAUCUUUGGACAAACAGAAAAAAUAAUAAAUCCUGACAGCAGCACAAGAGUCUGUGAAGCAGAGAGUCAUGUUUAGAGAGGGAACAAGACAAAUUGAGAGAGGCAAUCUCCACACUUCCAAAAACAUGGAAGAAGACACGAUGGAUUCUGGGAAUGAUGCAACUGCAGAAGAGAAGGUAGAACCUGAAAAAACACACAAAACAAUUCCAGAAAAAUCUGUAACAAAGAGGAAGAAACCUACACGGCUAAGUGAUGCAUUGAUUCGUCGUAAGAGGGCACGUAAUGACAGUCAUGAUGUCAGCGUGAUACAGCAGUUGACCACUGAGUUGCAGCAGUAUGGUGGUUUGUGGGACAGUGUUAAGAUUAUUAAUAAGCAGUUGGCCUCUUUAUGUAAGGAAAGAAAAUAUUCUGCAGUGGUAUGCCAACUGCAAUUUAGGAGGUUUGUUCUUGGUAUGAAAAACGAGAGGGGUAUUUUUAAUACCUCAGUUGCAGGGAGGAAAUGUAGCCUGGAGAAGCUUGUCAAAUUUGAAACAGAAUGUGUCAACAGUUGUCAAAGCUACAGAGGAACCACUGCCUGUGUUAGGCCCUUGUUCAGAUGCAUUUACUAAGUCUGUUGACAGGGUACUUAUAGAAUGCAAUAGUGUGAGAGAGAGAGAACCAAAGCUGAGUAGGGCUGAGGGUUCAAGAAAGGGAGGGAGAUGCAAAACUCAGAAGAAUGAGGUCAUGAAUGAUGGAGAGGAUCAACUCAAGAACUAUAGCAGAACCUCACAAAAACAAGUGGAAAUGCAGUCAGGCAUGAACAAAAACGAGGUAUUGGCUGAUGAAGCAUUGAAUUGUGAAAUGCUGGAAAGCAUGGACCAACCCACCACCACUGCCCAAGAAUCUUGCUCCGUUUACUUUGAGUUUGACUGUCCAUAUGGUGCAAGUGCCCUAAAGAAGGCAGGAUCAACAAAGGUGGGGGGUAAACAGGACAAUACAGAUACGUGUUCUAUCUUAUUUUCAGUCGAUGGAAACAGCCUGAGCGACAAUAGGAUCCCAGUCGUCUCUCAGUCAGAGCAGAUCCUUGGAAAGCGUGUAAAGCAAGCCCUUGAUGUGGACGGCAAUAUUGAGUUCUUCUCCGGGACAGUUGUGAAAAUGAAAGAGGAGAACGGUGUGAAUUUGUUCCAAGUCAAAUACGAUGACCUCUGUAUCGAUUGGUGGAUUGACCUUUGGAAGGAAUAUGAGCAGAACAAUGUCUUGGUUUUGCCCAUUAUUGGCAAAAAGGUGGAACAACGUGUUGCAAUUGCUAAAGGAGACACUCAGUAUGCAGUCAUGCAGUUUGAUGGACUUAAAUUUCUUUUAGUAAGGGUAUGCACACUUUUGGAAGAUUAUUUAGAAAAUAGGUUAAGAAUUCUGUCGUAGAACCUUAUAUCACUACUUUAAUAAGUGUUGUUCCAGAUCUCUGACUUAGAAUUAUUUCAUACAUCCAGGAUCCAUGUCAGCCUUAAUUAAAAUAAAGGAGUAAUUUUGAUAUAAGACCAAAUUAAACGCUGUUUCCUAAUAUUAGUUUCCUGUUACUUACUCCAGUUCUCUACUAUUGGUAAAAUCUUUCAAACUUUAAUAUGCGCUUUCUUAUUAUAAUGAUGCUACAGUUUUUGUGUUGGGGAAGCUACUAUGAAAAUAACGUUUACUAAGCUAACAAUUACUUCACACUGGUAGAAGUUAAAGGCCAUUGUUAAUGUUGCGACAGUUCGUUUCUGGUAACAGAACAAAAUAGUCAGCACAUAGUAACUUCUGAUUUAGCUGUACUUUAAUUAAUGCAAACACGUGUGUGGUAUAUGUGUGGUUUGUAUAUACGGUCUCGCUGUUAUACCCCGCAGGGCAAACAGAGAAGAGAGCGACACAUCCUAUUGUUCGCUCUUUUAUACUGACAGAGAUAGUUCCCGCUCAAUGCUGGCCUGUCAGAGGGAGGAGGAGCGUGGUUUAAACUUGCUCCUCCUAACGUCGGCGUGCAGGCUGGUCCCAGCGUCGUGACGCACUUCCUGUUGCCGGUUGUAGUUCUUCUUGUCUUCAACAGUUGAUUUACUCGUAGUUCAUAUACUUAAUAUUGUAGCAUAGCUUCCCCAGUAUAUUAUAAAGGUUAUGCAUACAAAUAGCCAGUUCAACCCUAACACCAUGAACAGUCAAAAUCAUGUUUUUCAUUACAUUUUAUGAUAUUUGGAUUAAAACAGAUCAAAGUAUGAUGACCAGUAUGAAAAAUUACUUGCUUCAACAGUGAUAGUUUGAUCAUAAUGUUACUGGUCCCCUCCCUCAUGUCAAAUAAUUGGAUUCAGGAGGUGGGAUUAUUAUGGGGAUAGGGUGACAUCACCCAAACUCAUUUUAAUACAACAAUGGUAACAUGAUAUUCUCUUCCUUGAUUUAAGUAAGGACCGCCUUGUAACCAAUAUAGGAGAAUGCGUGUUUGCAGAUGGGGAUGGUUUAAAUAGCUUGAUAACUACUCUACUGGUGCCAAAAUUUGACUGUAGGGUGUCGGCAGAUAUAAUUAGUUUACACUUUUCAUCUAUGGGGCAAAGAUACUUUGAUCUUUUCAUUUGUGUCUGGUAAAAUAAAAGGGAGGGAAAGUGUCAUUCAAAACUCUGACGCGGUUGCAUAACCGUCAGUGCUGCUGUGAGGAGAUGUAUAAAAAAAAAAAUGGACAUCAGUAAACCAGGUUUCCAUCCAAUCUUUUUAUGCGAGUAAAGUACAUGUCGGAUAAAAAAAUGUCACGACAGGCCUGAUGGAAACAACAUUUGUCGCUAAACUUUCCAAAUGUUGACAAAACAAAAUACGCUAGACCAAAUGGAAUCUUUCUGUGUCUGUAAAAUUAAUUAUGUUAGAAAUGUCGGUGGAAACGCUUUUAUGCGCAAAUAUUGACCCCAUAAUAACCACCAUAUCGAAGUAAACUUGGAGUCACGCGAUAAAAUGUUGUGUGGUCCUCCCACUACGACUUGUUGGGAAUAUAAGGCUGUCCGCAACAAAAAACAUCUUGGUUUGAAUUGAGUUAUAUAAACUACCACCAAGCUAUUGAAAAAUGCAGUUAAAUUACUAGUUGAAUUACAUGUAGUUCACUACUGACCAACACGGUACAGUUUAAAUGAUAGGCUACAAUUUCAAAUGAAAAUUAUAAAAUUUGGUGCAAAUUGCACAUGACAAUAUUGUGGCGCUUCACAUUUCAAAACCAUGAUAUUCACUGCUGAGAAUAGUCAGUUUGAGUGAAGUUACAAAGGCAGAAUACAAGUUAAGGGUUUUAAGUUGAGGGACGUGGGAAACAUUUAUUUUUUAAUGUAGGUGUAAUUUCAUUGAGAAGAUAUGCCCUUCUAAUGAACAACCAAGACUUAUACUGAAGGGGAGAAUUAUUUGUUUAUAGGAACAGAAGAACUGAGCGAGCUCCCUCAGCCUACUAUUCACUCUCAUGCCUACUGUUAUUGGUGGAAGGAAUACCUGAGCGUAAUAUAUUUUUUCUGGCACAGCAUUGUAAUGGACACAUUGAACCCAAUCAUUUUUGUUUUUUAAUUUUGCCGAAACAUUGCAAUGGAAACAUGAGAAUUCCCCCCUCCCAGGAAUAACUUUUAUCGAUCCUUAUUGUUCUUAUGGAUAUAAUUCACUUGGAGUUCUUUGUUUGUUUUAUGCUCCAAGUUCCACUGAACUGUGGAAGAAAUACUUUUAUUCUGUUAAGUCAGAGGUAUUUCCCCAAGCCUGCAAUCUGUUGUUUCAUCCCCUGUGGAUCAAAGAGAUGUCAGACAAAAAAAGCACAUUUGGAACCACUGGUGCCAGGGCUGUAACAGUGGACAACUGACACAUUGACGAAGGGGAGGACAUGGAUGAGGAACCCUCAGUUUUGUGUCCCCAGCACUUCACCAUGAACAAAAACGGUGAUGCGUGUGUUUCCAGCAGCAGUGUCCCUAAAGCAGCAUGGUCUUAUUAUCCCUUCUCCAUGUCGGACUGAACUGUUUCAAACCAUCAAAGCCUGAAAGUGUGUUGUCAAUCUUAUUUUUAGACACAGAUGAAUCGAAUAAUUUACUGUCACUGGCUGGGACCUAGAACAAGAGUCUAUUGGGAAUGUCAAUGUUUUCAGUCACUUGCUUGUAAUAACUUGUCAUUAUCACCAUAGCUAUUACCUUUGAUGUUUUUACAUCCCUUCUUAUCCCUGACCAAGAUCAGAAUCAGUUGUGGAUGUCAAUAGCCACCUUUCCAUGUAGGAACUUAUGGAAAACUAUCCCUUGAGGGCCUUUUCACACCAAAUGUAUCCAAAUAAAUGUCUUCCUUAUGACAGCUUUCACAUCAAUUGUGAAACUGUACUGCAAAACUGUAGGUAUUUCAUACUCGUUGUGUGGACGUCUACACAUAACAUGAAUAUGAAGAGUAUCGUGGUCGGGACAAUAACUAGUGGUAGGGACAAUUUCAAUACAGCUUUAAACCAAUGCAGAUUAAUGACCUUGCACUGUCUGAAAUUGACAUUUUAGAAUGUUUACAGCCAACAAGUCACAGAUCCUCCUCGAAUUUACAUUCCUCAUUUACCUUGAUGCAUGCUAUUUGAAUCUGGGUGUACAACAGCUCUUUUCAGAGUGAAAUCCAGUUUGUGAUCCCCAAAAAUGUAUAAGUAGUGACUUUUUUGUUUAGUAUUUUUUAACUUUCCUGUCGGUUUGAAUAGUCACGAAACAUUAUGAUGAAAUCUUUGGCUCUGCUCCUUAUGUUUAUUCACAGAUCCUCUGCUUGACACAAUUGAGAGACAUGAAGUCUGUUUCUGUCCUCAACUUGUGGACCUGCUCUGAGGUUGGACACCACUGUUACAGUCAUAAAUGUUUCUGUCAGUCGACGGGCUGACUGACCUCAAGGCGCAGAAUGUGUUUUGUUUGUCGUUGACACAUUAUUCAGAGAACUGUCUGUUGUGAAUGACAUAGAUAUCCAGCCAUUUUUUAUUAUUUAUUAAAUAUGACCUGUACUAUGACAAUGGUAGUUAAACACUAGCACUACUUGAGAAAUUAUUAAUUACAUAUUCUGUGGCGGCAGUCAGCCUAGAGGUUUGAGAUGUGGAUCAGUUACUGAUGUGUGGCUUGUGUCAUUUCCCAGCUGCCCUCUGUGUACUAGUGUUGUACCCUUUAGCUGGGCACAUAUUCCCUAAAAUGUUCCAAUGGUGGUGUGCUGUAGCUGACCUGGUGCCUCUGCACGUGUGUUUUGGGGGGUUGGGAAAGGCUAAAGACAAAAUUCAAUUUCUGGAAAAAAAGGACAAAGCAUUAUCCUGUUGUAUUUUAGGUAUAGGAGGAGGUCUGGUCAUCUAGUCUGGUGCAGUGGGGUGUUCCAGGUCCGCAACUUGAUGAGAAAACUUCUUAAUCAUGAUAAGGACCGAUGGUAAAGGAAGACUGUGACGGAUCGUUACAAGGCACCCGGACCUUCAUCCUCGAUACCUCUCUUGCGAAUGACGGGGAUGUGAAGUAAAUUCUUCCCGUCCGACUCGUUGAAGAAAAAGUAUUCCUCCAGUACGGGGUCCUCUGCUUGCCAUACUAGAGGGACAUAGUCUGUUUCCAUCCUCAACUUGCGGACCUGCCCUGAGGAUGUUUUACACCACUGUUGCGCCUUCAGCCAUGUUGAUUUCCGACUGGUUGUCUUUGGACUACAUGCCAUGGGCUGACUGACCUGAACCUUUACCAGAACAGAAAUACAAUGUUCAUCAGACUUUCCUCACAUUGGACUACUCUCUGAUUAGUUAUGAGGUCACAGGAAAUGGACUCAUUACUCAUAAAUCAUUGCAGCUCACUUGACUGCUUCUGACUGUGGGUAGCAGAGCUCUCUGGUGUUUCACCAUUUGAAAUUAAACAACAAAAAUGUAAAUGACCAUUGUUUUACACUUCCGACAUAUCGCAGCAGUAAGAGUAGUAUUCUACCCGACUCGUAUAAACAACAUCCUUAAGUGUUUCAUUGAUAAAUGUAGUUUUGUAAGAUUGUAUAACUUUUUUACUUGUAAAAAACCUGCAGACAUGCAUGAUCCUGUAAAUAUUUUCAUGGAACAUAAAAUCUCACUACUUGGUAUUUUUAUAUGGUGAUUGUGAAAGAGAUAUUUGUAAUGUACUUUUGUGUGUUCAUUGAAAUCAAAUUUGUUUACAAUGGACUAGUCCGUAAGAUUUUAGUUAGGAUUUUUUUCUCUUCACUUUUUUGUACAAUCAUCUCCACGUAAUACAGCCAGCUUUUCCAUUCUUGGCUAUCUGCCUCUGCAGCCUUUGUCUAAACUUUCAUUUUUUAUAUUACUUUCAGUUAUUUUUAUUGCUACUCUCUUCACAUGGAGAUGUUCGUUAUGGGAUGAUGAUUCCAAUUUGGCAACAGGUGCUCGGAUAGUUGGGAUUAAAUAAGUAUUGUUGCGGUAAUACAAAAUGUAAAUAUCGAUCCCACAUUAAACCAAGUACAAUCACUACCAAGCAAUACAUUCAGAAAUAAUUUGUAGAGUACGGCAUAUGGUUCUAGACUAUUUGUGAAGUAUUUAUGUAGUGUUUAUGAAGCCUUUAUGAAUGCUAUUAAAAUUAUAAAUACUAGCAUUA